AUGGCUUCACACGACCAGCCCGAGUUCCAACAACAAUACACCAACGAGUACCCCCACGACUCAGACAAGACCCUUGAGCGCCAAACCACCGCUGCGCAUCAACAAGCUCAUCCCCAUCUCUAUGCCAAUCCACAGGCAAUCCAUCCUGCCUUCGGCGGUGCCCUCCAGCCCGGUCUCUGGAAGCCCGUAGAGCACCGCAAGUUUGCCAACCCGGCUCCUCUGGGACUAUGCGCUUUCGCUCUCACCACUUUUGUCCUGUCAUGCAUCAACAUGCACGUCCGCGGUGAAUCCUCCGCUGCCAUUGCUAUCCCUGUAGCGUUUGGCUACGGAGGUCUCGUCCAGCUCUGCGCUGGCAUGUGGGAAAUGGCCGUUGGAAACACCUUUGGUGCUACUGCUCUUUCAUCGUACGGAGGUUUCUGGAUCGCUUACGGUCUUCUCCAAACACCCACCUGGAACGUCCUCGGUGCUGAUGGACCCUACGAGGGUGAUACUGGCUCUGUUAUGGGUUUCUUCCUGACUGGCUGGUUUAUCUUCACAACCCUUCUUCUCAUCUGCACCCUGCGAUCCACCCUUGCAUUCUUCCUCCUCUUCUUCUUCCUCGACAUCUGUUUCUUGCUGCUCGCUACCGAGAACUAUGCCCACGAUAUGGGCAACCACACCGCUCAGCUUGCUCUCCAAAAGGCUGCCGGAUUCUUCGGCUUCUUGGCUGCUUUCAUGGCGUGGUACAAUGCCCUCGCCGGUCUCCAAGACAGCAGCAACUCCUUCUUCCAGGUUCCCGUCAUCCACUUCCCCUGGUCUGACGAGGGCCGGGCACACCGCCACGAAAAGGCUGAGCGAGACUUGGCUUAG